AUGGAUGGUCUACAGAAGAAUAAAACGGUUGAUACCAAGAAAUUUGCGGUAUCAGCAGAGCAAACUACGUCGAGUGAAGAAAAUGGCUCUCAUGAGGUCGGUGACUCUCAGUCACCUAGUCCUAUGGAAACCAAAAAAGCUUUGUACGCCUAUUUGAUCUUGUGUUUCUCUACAGGUCCGACCUCCUCUAUGGCUUUCAACUAUGUAUCUGCAGCAAUCCAAUCGGCCGCUAAUUACGUCGGGCAUCAGCCUGGGUCAAACAAGCCAUGUGCACGACGUGGAAGUAAUAUUUCCUGUGUGGUAAAAUUUGGAAGAAAUGAAAUUGACUACCAAAGUUUCAUGCUGUAUUUGAAGGCUAUUGCGCGUGCAAUGGAAGGAGUAGUUACUAUUUCGACAGCCGGAAUUGCUGAUUAUUCUCACUAUCGCAAGAGUAUGAUGAUGGGAUCCAUUUUCCUCUUCGGUGCUUUAGCAUUGCCUUUCGCAGGUAUGACGAAAGUUGAUUACAGUCAUCUGAACGCUCUAGCUUCUCUUUACUGUAUCAUGACUGCUGUUCAGGGUGUUUAUACGGUGAUUGAAGGGUCUUACAUUCCGAUAUUCAUGCGAUCAGCAGGUUUGUCUCAUUCUAGACCCCGGUUAGAGGUGGGGGACCUCGAAAAUGUCGAGGAACAAAACCAGCGAACAUGGAAGAAGGGAUUUUCUGUCAGCGUGUAUGGGCUUGUGGCCAGUAAUAUUGGGGGACUCAUCGCAUUGAUAAUUGGCGUCAUACUGGUUUUUGGGAGGGGAUCGUAUGUCGAGAUCGGAUACUUCAAUUACCUUCUUGCUAUCACAAUAGCAGGAUGCAUUACAAUUUUCUUCGCAUUUAUAGGUCAAUACCUCCUACCGUCUGUCCCUGGUCGUGAGAUACCCAUGGGGCAAAGUGUAUUUUUCCUGCCCAUCAAGGGCUGGUUCAAAUUGCUAUCUUCCAUAACCCGCUAUCCGGAGGCAUUCAAGCUUUGUAUCGGUUGGAUUUUGUGGAAUACCGGUUACAGCAACUUCCUUGGCCUGAUUUCAUCGCUUUUCCUCCAAGUCACUGGCUUCAGUAGUAGUGAUGGGGCCUAUCAAGUCUGGUCAUUUACUAGCGUUAUAUUCGCUGUUAUGGGCAGCUUGGGGUUUCUCUACCUCUUCCCUCGAGUCAAAAUACACAUAAAGAGCUGGGUUUACGUCUUUCUCAUCAUAAACAUUCUUUGCGUUCUAUGGGGCUGCAUUGGCAUUAGUAACCAUGUGACUAUUGGAUACAAACACCAAGCUGAGUUCUGGGUGGAGCAGGUACUAUUUAUGUCAACAAGCAGUGCGCUGCGAUCCUAUAAUCGGGCAGUCUACUCGUCGCUUCUUCCGAAGGGCUCGGAAGCACAGUUUUUUGGCUUGGAGAUCACCUUGGAUCUUGCAACAGGCUGGAUUAACCCGCUGGUUCAGGGGGUUAUUCAAGAUAACACGCAUAACUUGCGUUUUCCAAUGAUUCCAAAUUUAUUGCUGAUGUUAGUGGCAACGGCACUUUAUGUAUGGGUGGAUAUUCCCAAAGGAAUGGAGGACGCCAAAUCCGCUUUAGAAUGA